CGACAGUGAAACGCUGUUUACACAUUCCAUAAUAUCUUUAUUAAUUGAACCUUGUGAGAGGUGUAAUGCUUUACUAACCUUUAAAAUAUAAAGUUUUGUUGGUCAUUUAUCUUUAAACCCGAGAUGAUUUGUUCCUCUGGACAUGAGAAAAGAAAAACAAAGCGCCUCUAAGAUUUCUCAAAAUAAAAGGAAAAACAGUUGCAUUAAAGCCAGGAUUUACUCUAAAAACAUUUACGCCGGAGGUGACUCGGUUCAAUGAUGUUGUUGGAAAACACUAAACAAAAAAAAAAACCCACACUGAACUCGCCGUCCCUCAUGGUCCCACACACCCACACACACACACACACACACACAAACAACUCUCUGUGGGAAACGUAAACUUGGUGAACCACGGUGGUGAUGUUUGAGCAUUCAGAUGAGCGGGCACAUUCUGCCUCUUUCACCACGGCCUCAACUCACUAGUGGCUUCCACGGCAGUUCUUGUUGUCAUUUUUUUUUUCUCCCCACAGAUGUGCUUGCAGUGGGGGCAUCGAGGUCACCAUUCCUGUUCAUUUGUGUAUUCUUAUAUUUGAUUUUCAACGGGUUAGGAAUACGCUCCGACAGAGACGAGGCGUUGCCGUGGUUUUGGAAGGAAAGGAGUGAGGGGGGGUUCAGCCACCAAAACCUACACCUACAGAGGAAAAGUCAGGUUUUAGGACUCACCCCAUUCCAUCAAAUAGUUGAGAUCUCAAACUGGACUUUUUCGGUUAGGUCCAAGUCCGUCAUAAGCCUCUCAGUUGACUCCUCCGUCUCCCACCUUUGAUUGACAGGUAACCACAACAACGGUAAUACCCAAACAAGCCAUCUUUUCCGGGCAAAACACACCGUAGCAACAUCUUUUUCUACCGAGUCAUGUUCACGCAGGAUGAACCGAUGUGGAGUUUUGUGAUAUCAGAGACAAAAGGUUCAUGUACAGGUCACUAUGUCACCGCUCUAAGUCACGUGACAUGACGUGAUGUUUGUGCACAGCGCUGUGUGGCCUUUGUGGGGCGUGCAUGCGGGUGUACUCUGAGCAUACUAUAUGUAUGUGAAAGUGCUGAUGGGACUCCCCGAAAUGGCCUUUUUUUCUCAGCUGCAGUGGGAACAAUCCAGCGCUCUGCUUUUGUUGUGACACUGGUCAUUGUGCGUGCUGCUGUGUGUGUGUUUACUGUAUGUGUACAUCUGCCGUGCCAUGGCUACCUGGUAUAAAUAGCGUGGGACGUGCGCCGGCCUUUUAUUCUGUGAUCGACGAUGGCCGUAGCCGGACCUCCGCCGCUGCUGCUCCUGCUCUCCCUGCUGCUGCCGCUGCUGCUGCUGCUGAGCAAGGCAUCGCUGCCUGCAGCUGCAUACACGCUCGCCUCCGGGGAACAGCCGCAGCACAAGCUCCUCCAACUGGACUGGCCUCGAGAAUGUGGGAUGGCUCACUUCAAGCCCAACAUGGCCGAGAGGAUCGUGUCUGGGAACGAGGCGCGCCCGCACUCCUGGCCCUGGCAGGUCUCUCUGCAGGUUCGUCCUCGGGGAAGUAAACAUUACAUCCACGUCUGUGGAGGAACUCUCAUCCACAAGAACUGGGUCCUUACUGCUGCUCACUGCUUUCAGAAAGGUAAAGCUGAGGAUGCUGGGAGCUGGAGGAUCGUCCUGGGGAAGCACCAGCUGAAGCGCUCCGAGAGGGCCGAGAGGGUCUUCCCGGUGAGGAGAAUCUACCGGCACGAGAACUUCCGUUACCCGGCCCACAGUGAGCUGGACUACGACAUCGCUCUGGUGAAGGCCGCCGCCGACAUCGUCCCUUCCAACUUCAUCCGCUACGCCUGCCUGCCGCGCAAGCAGACCGCCCUCACGCCAGGACACUACUGCUGGGUGACGGGCUGGGGGGACACCCGGGGUGGGAAGGAGAACGUGUCCCUCGCAGAGGCCCUGAACCAAGCCCGCCUGCCCAUCAUCGACUUCAAGACCUGCCGGCAGAAGAAAUUCUGGGGCGACCGCGUCCGAGACUCCAUGAUCUGCGCCGGGUUCAGGGACACCGAGGGCCCGCCCGCCGCCUGCCAGGGCGACUCCGGUGGUCCUCUGCUGUGCCAGCAGGGGCAGGACCGCUGGGAGGUCCACGGCGUGGUGAGCUUCGGCCCGAUCGGCUGCACCGUGGAGAACAAGCCCAGCGUUUUCACCCGCACCGCCGCCUACAUCCCCUGGAUCGAGGCCACGCGCAUCAGGGACUUCUUCCUGCACUGAGCGGGCGCUCGCGGCGCCCGUUUUAUGGUCCACCGCGACUCCGUUUCUCCUCAAACUCUAUUCAACAACUCCUUCACGAGUUUAAUGCACGUUCUGAAUGUGAAAUAAUGGUUUUCUAAACACACCUUGUUUUUAAGUCUACACUACACAGUUCUGGGGGGU